AAUAUUACGAUGGAAAUACUUCGUUUUGUAUAAGAAUUAUAUGAAUUAUAUAUGCAAUUAUUAAAACAGGGUUUAGCUAUAAUUAUGCAUUGUUAAAGUCAAACAUACCAUCUGAAUAUAGUGUUACAGAUGUGCUUCUUAUGUUCCGUAUGCAUUAUCUGAUGCUAACCAUGCAACAUUGAAGUAAACACGUCACAGUUUAUAUAUUAUAUAGAAUCUAGCAAGAUUGUUACUGAUUAUCAUUUUUUUCUACUCUUUUUUUCAGAACUUCAAGGCGACCUGAUAAAAUUCUACAGAAAAAGGUGUAGUUCAAUACCUCUCUCACCGCUUCUUGAAGAAAUGGAGACACAACUAGCCGGGUUCUACGUAAUGCCAGAUAUAGUUGAAGUAAAACAGAAGUCUUUAACUUGUCACGAAGAGGCGAAAACACCAAUCAAGUCUUUGAAAGACAUGUUUUCUACCGGAAGUGUAGAUCAGCAAGAAAUUUAUCUAUCAGCUGAUGCAGGCUUUGGAAAAACUGCUUUUUCAAAAUAUCUUGCAAUCACGUGGUGUCAAGCUCAUUGCCAGGAUGAACACUAUGCCUGUUUUAAAGACGACGAGUUAAAAUGUUUAUUUGACUUUACGUUCUUAUUUUUGGUUUUAUUAAGAGACUGUACCUCUGUUUGUAACAUUGAAGAUAUGAUUGAACAGCAAAUUACUAAGAAACUUCCUUCAGCAGCAUCACUAGACGAAGUUUUACGUAGAGAAAAAUGCUUGAUUAUAUUGGACGGUCUUGAUGAAUGGACUCAUCCUGAUAAUAGCUGUAGUGAAGUAAAAGAAAAAAUCCCACAUCGGUACGUACGUGAUAAUUGCAUUAUCCUAACGACAACUCGACCAUGGAAGCUUGGAGUUUCAAAACUGAAAAUAACUCAAAUAAACAAAAAAGUAGAACUGGUUCAAUUAAGUGCAGAUUCUACGCGGCAACUAGAAGAAAAUGCUAUAAGAAAAAUGACAGGUGUCCAUGACGAUAGAGUUCUGAGGAGUAAAACACGGGACUUAAAUAAAGAGAUACGUGACCGUGACCUAGAGCACAUGCAAGUGAUUCCACUCCUCCUCAUGUAUAUAGUCUGCUUAUGGUGCAACAAAAUUCCUAUAGGAAAUUCAUACUAUGAAAUUUACACCAAUAUCAUUGAAUUUCUAUUAUCAAGAACAUCAAGGAAACACCCGGACGUUCAACCAUCUCGUAAAUCGUCUGCCAGUGAAAUUCCAGAAUACUUCAAAAGUCAUAAAUUUUGUAAACAUUUUUACAGUCUUAUUACAUCAUUAGCAAAACUAGCUUACCGAACAUUGUUUAACAAAACAAGAGAAAACACACUUGUUUUCGAUAGAACGGUUGCUGAAAAAUAUCUCAAAGCGAACGACAUGAAAUUAAGUCUUCUCUCAGGAAUAUUGUCAGAAAGUAGAAGUAAAACUUUAGUCAAGGAAAUUAUCAAAGUAUCUUUUUCUCACAAAACAGUGCAAGAAUUCUUUGCCGCCAUAUUUAUUAGUUCGCACAAUGUUCUACAAAAAUGUAGAAAUAUUCAAGACAUUUUGGACAUGUCAAAAAUUUGUGAAUUUAUAAGUAAAAUAGAUGCUGACCGGAUGUGUGAAAUAUCAAAUUAUUUAAUGUCUGUGAUAAAUGAAGACGAGGUAAUAUGUGACUAUAGAACUACGACAGAUGACGAGGACUGGCUAUAUGAUCCGUUGUAUGCCAUACAGAAAAUGUUCAUGUCGUGUUUACAAGAAAUGCCUGAAAGUGAAAAUAUUCAAUUAUGCUUACAAGAUUUCUUCAUUGACAAGAACACCGUGCGCAGUAAAGCGUUACAACGUUUGUUAAAACAAAAUAAAACCAACAUAAAAUCACUUUUUAUAGACACCGAGGAUACUUCCAGCAGUUUACGUGAAAUUAUUGAUUUAUUCUCUCUCAAAGAUCUCUGUCAUAUACAGAAACUUUACUAUUAUGGUGGCUUGAAGGGGGCUGAGAUUAACCGGAUAUUGUUUCCCAGUUUACAGUGCGCAUAUUUGUUGUAUUGUGAAUGGACAAAUGAUGAAGAAAAUCUGAGUGAAAACAUGGCGCGAUGUCAAAACUUACAAUAUUUAUAUAUUGACAGGUUCACGUUACCUCACAAAAUACUUGAAACAUUUUUCAAUUUUAUCUCCGGUCAAAAAUCAAUGAAAGAGUUAACAUUAGUGGGGUUACACUGUAAAGAACAUGGCAGCCGUGAUUGUAAGAGGUUGAACUUGGACUUGUCUCAACAUUCAACUCUAUCAAAGUUAUACUUGUCGUGUUUUGUUGGGAGGCUACAAUUAAAGAUAUCAACACCGAUAUUAGUUUAUGUUACGUUGUCGUUCAUCAAUCUAGAUGAAAGUUCAUUGUUACUGUCACGUGACAUGUUGAAUAUUGAACGUGUGGUGUUGGAGAAGAUAGAAAUGUCUGCAGGAAGUUUACAGAACUUUAUUACUGUGCUGAAAAAUCUGCCGCAGUCAGUUACAGUAAAGAUGAGAGACAUUAAACCGGCAACAGAAUAUGACCGUUUAAGAGAAAAUAUUCGGAGUUCACAAACGUUUAAUGUGAUACAAGACAGCGACAGCCAGUGGCGGUCAUUUGAGUUCAAAACAAUAAUUACCAAUCAAAGAAUAAAAACAAUAACAACCAAGCAAAGAAUAGACAAGAAAAAACAUUGUGAAAUAAUUUGAAGAAACAACUUCAAUACAUUUGAAAUGAAAAAUAAAUCAAAACAAUUUAAAUAUGGACACUUAGAAACAAAAUGGCGGCUCUUUGAAACACAAUAGAGUCUUCAAGUAGAACAUACAUGUACUCCAGUAUUAACUGACAAUUUAUUAUCAAUAAAAACAUUUAAAAUUUUAAAAUUAUAGAAAUAAGUCAACGAAAUAUUUUUCGGAACUAAAUGGAUAUAAAAGUUGGAUAAGGAUAUGGAAAUAUUUCACAGCGGCCUUGGAUCACAAUUUCAAAUUUUUUAUGAUGCAGAACCUCUUGUGACGUUUUACCUUUAUAAUGUGUGUGGUGAUAGAUUUAUUUUAUUGGAAUUAUGGGAUAUGUUUUGAACAACUUCUAAGGAAACAGAAAUAUGAAGAUGUUUCUUGCUUGUCAAUAAAAUGAGCUUCAGUAAAACUAAAGUGACAAUGAUGACAAUGCUUCUACGAGAAUUCUGUAUAAAGACGUUACACCUUGUUCCUGGCAGUACAGAAACAUUCACUGAUGAAAAUUGCUCGAUAAAAGUUUCGAAUAAUCUUCUGAUUUCUGGCUUAACCGGAAACAGACUAGCAAACUUUUGCAUUGGUUAUACAAUAUACAUUUAACUUCAAUAAGAAGUCACGUGUAAAAAAAGAAAUAAGCGCCAAGUCUGCCGUGAAAUAUAUUCCAAAGUUCCUUCAAAAUAUUGUUUAUGAAUUACAGUCAUACAUUAAAAAACAUAAAUUAAAAUUCAGUGUGAACACCGCUAUUUAUUUAAAAAUCUGGUUUUAUUGAUUACAGUUUUAUCUUAUCUGGGACAUAUAGUGGGACAAGCAAACGCCGACUUGAUUAACAGUCUUAUGUUUGCGCCAAAUUGACAGCCAAUCUAUUGAUACAGUUUAUAUUAUAUAUUUAUGCCACAGUUGUAAAACAAUAAAGUGACAAAUGCAUGUUAAAAAGCAUUAAGACACAAAAGGACGACAAAACUUUUUCGUCAAGUGGCUGAUACUUUUCUUAUUUACCUUAAAAUAUACCCGUUUACAACUAUCAAACAGACAAAUUCGCGAGUGUUUGUCGAAAAGAGAACGUAGCGCUAAUUUCCAGUAGCUUGUCCCAUUAUAUUUUGUCCCAGAUCCAAUGAGAUCAUAUGUUUAAUUUGAUCUAUCCUGUAGUGUCAGACUUAUCAUAUUUUAUUUCUAUUCAAUUAGAUAUGCAUGUAUUAAUUUUGUCUGCAAUUGAAAUGUGAAAUGAUAGAACGAGAAAAGUUAGACAAAAUACUAAUUGAUUAUUAACAUUAUUGUUAACUUUGACAAAGCAAAUAUUCUUAUAAUAAUUUAACUAAUGUGUUAAAAUUUUUAAUGUUCUUUAAUUUAUAAAUGCAUUUUGUUUUUAGUGUACACACAAAGUCACAAAUAAUUAGAGUGGUUAUAUUAGGACUUUUGAAAGGAUGAUUCUAAAAGAAAAUAUUACAAAUUUGUACAUAUUGUAUUUUGCUAUUUGUAAUAAAUUGUUUAACUUGACAUACUUCAUGUAUAGAUGUAUAUUUAUGCCGCGUCAAUGCAUUGACAAAACAUGUGCAAAUCAUUCAGGCACAAAAGGGCGAUAAAAUUAGUUCGUCAAUUUGCUUACACUUUUCUUAUUUACCUAAAAAUAUGCCCGUUUGCAACCACGGAUUUUUAUUUAAUGCUUUUCAGUGGAUUACUGAUUUAUCCUCGAAAAUGUUAUUUGAUAAUUUCAAAGUGAAAAUUAUCAAAAUAUAAUUUCACACUUUUCAAUGACGAAACUACUUUUUUAAAGAUUUUCCCCAUGUUGUACCUCAUUUUAUUUUUGCUGAAAAUUUUGACAAUUUCACGCUGUUUAGAGAAAAGCAAAGCUGAAAUUGAUAAAUAACUUAAAUUUCAAAAGUAAUAAAAAGAGGAUAACCUACUUCUAUUCAUCCAAAUUACCAAUCACAAAAUAUCGUCUCUUUACAUAUUUGUUUCCUUUUAACAGUCUGAAAAAUACAUUCCUUCCACAUGCAAAACUGUUCUUGAUAACAUUUGGGCAUAUUUAAGUAUCCUACGAGCAAUAACGGCUGUAUCUUAAUGAAAACUUAAAAAGCAAUGACAGCCAUCAGCCCGAAAAUAAGUAAACAACCCAGCGUUUUUAAGGCAGCCUUUCAACAAAUCCAAGUUUCCAAUUUCCUAGCCGUUUUUCGAAUGUUUACACAUCUGUCAAACACUUAUAUGUUGUCUGUUAAAUCCUCAAAUAAGUUUUCUUUCUUUUAAAAAGCUUUAUGACUAACAGAUCUAUAUGAUAUCCCUCUGAAUCAAACACAAUUAUUUUCCUCUCGUGAAAUACACAACUUUUAAAAGUGGCGGCCAUUUACAUUAAACAGAGCCAGGUCUUAUAUAUAUUCCCAGUAAGAAACAGAAAUAUUGAUGGAUGGUUGAACUUUUACUCCUAUUAGAAUUGUUUAUUUUUAUAAUUAAAACAAGCGAUCAUUCAUUUUUGUUUAAUAAAAUGAAUAAUAUCACCCCCAUUAAACGUUGAUUAUCGAACUUAUUUUUCAGCCCAAGAAUUCUUGUAUUUUAUAAGAAAUUCAACUAAUACAUGUACAUAAUAGAGGCUACCACUGGGGAAAACAGAUUUUAGUAUUAAAGUUAAAGCUGCACGACUCCUGAUGAGCUAAAAUAUUUCGAUUAAAUCAAACCUGAGAAAAAUGUACUUAGACCUAGGAAAGGUAUAAAGAUUCAAAAAUCUUGUAAAAAUGUACAUGUUAUGUGCGAUUAAUGAAUUUUUCAGUAAGUAUAACUACCUUACUACUAACGUAAGGGCUAUUUUGCAUAUUUUGGCCUCUUUAUAGUAAUUAACAUAGGUUGUUAGUGGCAAUGAUGGUGUGUAAAUUGCAUUCUUUUGGUAACUUUACAGAAUUAUACUGUUAAGUACAUUUUCAAAUUUUCAUGAAAGUUAGCAUGAAUCUGGAGGCGCGCUGCUUUGAUAUCAAUGUAAUUUCGUUUUAACUUGUUUUUAAGCAUUAAAUAAAAAGAAAAUGUGUUUGUUUGUUGUGUAAGAUGUAGUUUUAUUUCAUCUCGUGAACUUUAAAAACAGUAUUCUCACUCGUGGCUACGCCACUCGUGAGAAUACUGUUUUUAAAGCUCACUCUAUGAAAUAAAAUUUCAUCUUACACACAAACAAACAAACAUCCUCUAUUUAUUACUAAUAUAAAUCCGUGUCACGACUAUCAAAAAGACAAUUCGCGACUGUUUGGUCGAAAAGAGAACGUAGCGCUAAUUCAAAGUAGCUUGUCGAUGUUAUUUUGUCCCAGAUCCAAUGAGAUAAUAUGUUAAAUAUGAGUUAUCCUGUAGGAUAAGACUUAUCAUAAUGUUAUUUCAUGCAAUUACAUAUGCCUACAUUAAUUUCUUCUGCAAUUAAAAUGUGAAAUGAUAGAGCGAGAACAAUAAGACAAAAACUAAUUGAUUAUUAACAUUAUUGUUUAAUCAUACAAACCAAAUUUUCUUAUAAUUUAACUUUUAUGUUAAAGGCUGAUUUUAAUUUUCUUUAAUUCAUGCGUUUGAAUUUUUAGUUUCCUCGCAAAUGAUUAGAGUAUUUACAAAGGGUCGAAGUAAAGACCUUUAAACGUCAUAGAUAUUUCAAUCUCAAUUAUGAACUGCAGAGUAUAUAAACAUACUAUCUUAUACUCGUACAUUUUAUUGUGAUGAUAGCCCUUGUAAUUUGUAAUGCUUAAUUUCUGUUGGCAGCCAUUAUUGCAAUGCUCCUAUUCUAUUUUAAAUGAGUUAUUGUCCAUUGUAAAUUUCCAUAUUUUACUUUUUUGCCGGGACACAACUAAUAAAGAGUGAACGGUAUCUGCAGGAAACUUCUUGGGAAUGUAUAUUUGAUUGAGGUUUAUGCAGUAUCCAAACAACCAUAAUUCUCUAUUGUUAUAAUUUGUAAUCAUCGUCAUUUGUAAAUAAAUUAUACAAUAUUGUUUUGUCUAGAACAUAAGAUUAUGUCGUCCUGAUGUAUGAAAAUAAAAAAUUAUUUUUAUUCUUUUGACAAAACAGUAUUCUGGGCACUUGGAUAGAGGCGUGUCUAGUUUGUAAUGGUAAAACUAUUUGAAAAUUUAAUGUGUUCAUUAUAUAAUGGUUUUAUUAUUAAAUGUUUACUGAUUUUUUUUUCGUUUGCAAAAGUUGAUAAAAUGGAAGUAAUUGACCAUCUUUUAUAUUUAUACCUUACUUACAUGUAUUUAAUGAAUAUUGAAAAAAACAACAUAGAAAUAGGUUUGACUAUUCUAUUUUAAGUAUUUGAAAAUAUUAAAUUGUUAUAUGUAGAAAGGAGGAUAAGAGAAAACUAUGCAAAUGUUCCUAUUGUUGUUACAAUGAAUAUACUGUCAGUACUGAGUUCAUCAAUUUAUGAUAUGCCUACAGCGUAUUAUAAUUAUUCAUGAAUUAAUGUAAGGUAUUCAUAUAACAUCAAAGUCCUUAUUUAUAAAUAAA